GGGUUUAAAUCCCGACGACUUUAACACAAACAUAAAGUUCAUAACUCUUCUUCAUGUCGUAUUAAUAUAUUAGAGAUGAUGCAGCGAAGGACACAUGAGAGAAACUUUCCUUUCCUUGUUUCCUAUAAUUCCUUACUAGCCUCCUUCCCUCAUCGCUGCCUUGCUCCCUCAGAUGAUGUUCAUGUUUGUUUCAGGAGGAGGAAACACCUUUCGGCUGCUGAAGAGUCUCUAUGACAACGAGGUGGUGACGGAGAUCAGGAGGAGAGUGAUGGAGGACGGCGUCCCCUACAUGGGCUCCAGCGCCGGCACCAACGUGGCGACCGUCAGCAUCAACACCACCAACGACAUGCCGAUCGUCUACCCGCCAUCCUUCAGCGCCAUCGGACUCGUUCCCUUCAACAUCAACCCGCACUACCAGGACCCCGACCCAGGCAGCCGCCACAUGGGGGUGAGUCUCUCAACGUCCGGUCGCACCCAGGAGACAAACCUCCGGUUCCUUAAAGUGAAGUCAAAGCUUCAUGUGUUAAAGCUGUACAUAUGCGUUAAGAGAGUUAGGGCGACUGUGGCUAA